AUGCUGCCCCAGCCAUCCUUCACGCUAACCAUCCCCAGCGUCCACGACGGCACGCCACUCGAGUGCCGAAUCUAUCACCCAGCCUCGUUUUCGCGCAGCUCGCCAGCCGCGCCUUGGAAGCGACACGCGGCUAUUUUUGCGCAUCCGUAUGCUCCGUUGGGCGGGAGUUUUGACGAUGGGAUAGUGGACAUUGUGGCGGCUCAGCUGUUGCGCAAGGGAUAUCUGCUGGGGACGUUCAAUUUCAGAGGCGCUGGGCAAUCUGGCGGGAGGACGUCGUGGACGGCAAGGCCGGAGCGCGACGACUACAUCAGCUUCGUCGGCUUCAUGGUGCAUUAUGUCCACGGUCUGGUGUCGUCUGGUGACGCUGAUCAGCAACCUCCCGUCCUGCUGAUGGCGGGCUACUCUUACGGAGCCAUGAUCACGACGCAACUGCCGCCUCUCAAGGACCUUCUGGAGUUCUUUUUCUCUCCGGGCAGCGGACUCCAUGCCGCUCAGAUACGCCUGAGGGCCGAGGGCUGGGCCGAGAAGCAGAGAAGGCACAUCUUGCGGGAAGCUCAGAGCCAACACACGACCCCCGACAGCACAAGCGAUUCAGCGAGCCCCAGCCGUCUGGUCCCUGCAAACGGCAGGCUCUCGCCCAUCAGCGGCUUCACCAUGCCCCGGCCGGCGUACUUGCUCGUCUCUCCGCUACAGGGCCUCGUCACGCACCUGGCCACCAUGUCCCUCAUGCCGUCGAUACUCGCAAGGCGGAGGCCUCCACAGCAAGAUCCCAGUGCCGAGGCCAAGCUGGUGCAGAACCCUACGUUGGCCGUCUUUGGAGAUUGCGAUAUAUUUGUCCCCGUGGGCAAGCUGCGUGCUUGGGUGGCGCGGCUAAGUUCGCAACCAGCGUCUCAUUUUCGCGGACAUGAGAUUCCGUCGGCGGGUCAUUUCUGGGCCGAGGAGGGAGUGCUGCAUGCAAUGCUGGACUUGGUUUGUGAUUUUACUUAUACUCUUUACGACGGCAAUUAG